GCUAAUAAUCUUUUCAAAUUCCAUAUAAACUCUUCUCUCUCCUCUCUCUCUCUCUCUCUCUCUCUCUCUCUCUCUCCGGCAUAGACAGUAUUAGCAGGCAGUAGCCAUGACUAGCAGCAUUCAUUCCUUCCAUCUGCCAUACCACUCCUACAAACUCUACGACGUCAACUUCUUCGACGACACAAUCAAAACCCUAGUCACCCACACCCCCUGCAUCGUCGGCACCUGGAUCUCCGACAUCGAACACCUCCACCGCCGCCGCCUCCGCGACCUCGUCGUCGGCCUCGACGUCGGGUGGCGCCCCAACUCCAACACCAACCCGGCCGCCACUCUCCAGCUCUGCGUCGGCCGCAACUGCCUCAUCUUCCAGCUCAUCUUCGCCCCCAGAAUGCCCAAAUCCCUCGUGAACUUCCUCGCGGACGAGGAUUACACCUUCGUGGGCGUUGGGAUUGAAAAGGAUGUCGAUAAGUUGAGGGAGGAUUACGGGCUGAAGGUGAGGAACUGGGUGGACCUGAGGCGGUUGGCCGCGAGGGAGUUGCGUUACAGGCAGCUUCGCAAUGCGGGGCUGGUGAAAUUGGCGAGGGAGGUCCUGGGGAAGGAGUUUGUGAAGCCUAGGAGCGUCACGCUGAGUGAUUGGGACGAUGAUCGGCUCAGUAGGGAGCAGAUUCAGUACGCUUGCGUUGAUGCUUUUGUGUCGUUUGAGAUUGGAAGGUGUUUGGAUGCUGCUGAUGUUUAGCCAGUAAGGUAACCUAAUGUGGAUUUUUGAAAUGUGGGGUUUGUUUGGGGUGGUUUGGCUUGUAUUAGGUUGUAAAUAUUCUUAUCAUUGAAAUUUCAUGGAGAUCAGGGUGAUCAGGGGUUACAUCACCAUUAUAGAGUUUGCGGUUUAUAUGAUUGUAGAUUUUGGGUUGAAGCUGUUGGAUUGAGAAUUUUGGGGAUGGUUUUGCUUGUAUUGUGUUUUUUCUUUUUUGGUAAUGCAGGGUGUUUCGGAUUAA